GAGCCGCUGCAGCCAAAGUACUUCAAGGACCUGGGUGCGCAGCGGGUGCGGAUCACGUACGGGCCGUAUCUCGUGGCCGGGUCGGGCGACGCGGCCACGCACGGCAUGCAGGCAUUCCCGGACAUGGACGCCAUGAUGCCGUGCUACGGCUGCCUCGUGACCGGCUACGUGCCGGACCUUAAGUUCUCGGACGACGGCACGUCGGCCAACGCCAACAAGAACAUGUGGCUGCACCACAUCGGCCUCAUGAACCUGAACCGCUCGGCGGCCACCUGCACACACUGGCCCGAGAGUAUUAGUGUCAAUGGCAACGAGCGGUCGCCGUUCGAUUUUACUAUCAAGGGCACCCGCAAAGCCGGCUACUACCUCGGCACGGGCGACCAGGUGAUGCUGACGACGGAGGUGAUGAACCUGGCGGCGGCGCCGCGCAACGUAUCCCUCACCAUCGAGUGGGAGUUUCUGCCUGGCACACCCGACGGCUUCGACGUAGUAACGCCCGUGUGGCUCGACGCACGCGGCAACUGCCUCGACGAGCCCGACGGCAUCCCGGCCAACGCGACCAUAUUCAACGCGACAUCCACCACGGGCUGGACGGCGCCGUUCGCGGGCGACCUGGUACUGGCGGUGCCGCACGUGCACGACGGCAGCACGGGGCAAGAAGUCUUCCGCGACGGCGCGCUUGUGUGCCGCAACGUGCCGGGGUACGGCGAGACGUCGGGCUACAUCACGCACCUUCCGGGCGCCGGCGGACACCAUGACCACGGCUCUGACAGCCACGUGAUGCACGUGUCGUCCAUCUCGCAGUGCGCUGACUUGGGGCCCGUGGCGGCCGGGGCCAAGUUCACCAUCUCGUCUCAUUACAACAUGACGGCGCACACGCCGAUGCGCACGCGUACCGGCGCGUUCGAGCCCAUCAUGGGCAUCGAGUUCCUGCAC